CCUGUAUCUUGGCAAGCGUUCGGUAUAAACAACCUUUCCAGUAAAAAUGCCUUGUUUGCCUAUGAAAAAGAAGAAGAUCAUCAGGCCUGUUGAUACUUUACCACACAAGAAUGUUAACAGGUAUGGCGAAAAUGAAAUUCACCGUGUAAACCAGCCUUUGAGGCUUGACCAGUGGAAAAAGCGGGGUGUAAACCCCAAUGAUGGCCGUCCCCUGCCUGAAGUUCCCCAAGAUGUGCCCCACGAACAGUCAAGGGAGGCAGCUACACCCCGUCAGGCACCCCACUAUGAGAGGGAAGUCGCCCGUGGGGAGCCCCGGCGUGAGCAGGAAUUACGUCCACUCCGCCAGAAGCCCCCUGUUUACAGAGGGGACCAUGUGGACCUUGACAGUUCCAUUGCUUCUUCAAGACGCUCAACACGAUCCCAGCCACUGAAGGCCGACUUCUUCAUCAGCGUUCCAAUAUUUAACGAGACUUUGAAUCACAGUUUCCGCAAGAAGAACGAGUUUGUUUACAUUGACUCCCGUAGUGAUGAGGUGACCACGUAUCACCAGACCCUCUCCCGUGGCUCCAGCCUUAAGGACCUACGUAGCUCUGGUAGGCGCCCAGCCUCCACCCCCCGGGAACAAAGGAACCAGCAAAGGCCAAGGUCACUCCAGAGGGCACCACAGCGUGAGAGACGUCAGCGACCCUUUUCUGGAAGUGAAGCCUCAGUUGCAACUCGAUCCUCGUAUGGCUACGAGUCUGAGACAUUUGAGGGACCAAUUAUGAUGCGCAACAAGCACCUGGCUCCAGGCCUGAACAUCGAGUCUGAUGAUGAAGAUGAGCGAUAGAAGAUUCUUCGAUAUGGCCAUGUAAAACUGUUUUAACUCAGCAUAUACCAUUUUGAGUUACAAUAGUUUUGCAUUGAACCUUCAAUUUACAGUCAUCAAAAUGAUUUCGAACCAGUCAAGUAGCAAUGUGAUAGACUGGUUACAAUUGAGUUGGUUGGUAGGGUGUUGUUUUAAUAGAGCUUUUUUCAAACUAUUAACAUAUAUAUUUAUUUGUUAAGAUUUAAAUUAAUCAUUUAGAACAAAAGUCAGAAAAAUAACCACUUUCUACAAAACCUUUAUUGAUGUCCUAUGCUCUUCAGUAUCCUACACUUUUGACGGAUAUUUUCUAUUAUACCAAAAAUCUAUGCAUCCAUGAUGAUAUUAUACUUGUAUUCAUUGUAUUAAUUAUUUUUUUUAUUUUCAAUAUGUUUUCACACAGGCUCCCUAAUUUUUGCACUGAAUUUAUUACUGUUUCUCUUUUUAUAAUCCAUUUACUUUCUUAUAUGAAAGCCUCUUGUUAGCUGUGUUCUUUCUGUGUCGAAGGUGCUCUGUCUUGUCAUUUAGGAAAACCAUAAUUGCAUUUGAUACAUAUUAUACUGUUCGUGUUCUAUUUCUGCAAAAUAACUGUUUUAGUGUAGUUGUUUGCUCGUGUCUUCAAACUGUUGUGCAGUUAUAGACUUUAGCUUUAAGGCUGUUAUAUGAGAAAGCAUACAACAAUUAAUUUUAAGAUCAAGAAAAUAAGUUAAACCUGCAAUGUCAGUGUAAAAAAUAUAUAUGUUUAUUAGGGAUGCAAACGAAUGGCAAAAUUGAUAUUCGAAUAUUCGGUAAUUCUUUCGAUCGAAUAUUCGAAUAUUCGAUUACCGAAAUACGUAUUUUAGAAGAUGUAUUAAAUAUUAUUAUUAUUCGCUAAAGCAAUAGCCGGGGCGCUUUUUACCCUACUUUGUCGUAGCCAGUACGCGCAACGGACCCUGAUUUCCCCAAAUGAGCCUUUGAAAUUCUCCAUUUUCAGGAAGAAAAAAGCAAAACAUUAUAAACAACAAAUUGAAUGAUUCAAUUCCGCUGCCUUUUGAAAACAAUGUGAAAUUAGAUGGAUUCCUAGUCAAACAGUGUUUUGCGCCUAUGGAGGGUCUUUCCGUAGGAUAAUCAGCCUCGUUCUGAGAUUGACCUCUAAAUUGACUAAAUAAAGAUAUGGAAACCCCAAACCAACUCGGUUCUAGUAAAAUAAUUAAACGAAAACAUAAGUGUAUUGGACUCAGCUAUUGUACAACAAGAGAGGAAAUAUAUCCUAAAAUCCAUUUCAAAGCACGAAAAUUGUAUCGAAACAUGGAAACAGUUUAUUUAAAAAGCACAUAUAUGCAACAACAUUUUUGUAGCACAUGGCAUUCAUAUCAUCACUUCCAUUUGCGCUUUGUUGUACAGUAGUUGCAGCCAAGACAAUACAUUGGUGUUAAAGCCGAUCCCUAGCUAGUUGUUGUAAAAGUAGGGGGACCUUUUAUAGUACCCGGCGUUAUGUACCUAAAUGACACAUGACGCGUGUCUAGUCAUCACAUUCACACCUCUGGCAUAAGGGGCCAAUCGUUGUAAAAACAAGACAAACGAACAUUAUAAACAACAUCAGCGUUGUAGGCAAAAUGUGUUUUAUUCUCUUUAUUGAACUUUUUUCGAAUAUUCGAAUACCGAUUUUGACAUUCGAAUACCAAACGUUUGAUCGAAUAUUCGAAUAUUCGUUUGCAUCCCUAAUGUUUAUCAUGUCACAAAUGAAAUUGAAAGUUUAAUGUGCCAAUUUGAAUGAACAUUGACUUUAUAUGAUUUGAUAUGCUCAUCAAUAUUUUCUUCUUUAUUUAUAAGCAGAACUUUGUGUAAUAUAGAACAUAGAUUUUAAAAUAAUUGCUGUAACAUAGUGACAUGUCACAGAAGAUUUAGUUAAACAUGUACAUGUACAUUAGACAAGUAGAUCGUUAUGCUUUUGAUUUGUUUUGUACUGAUAAAUUAAAUGUUCCAACGUUUCUUUGAUUUAGAUAAUGUCUAGCAUGGUUAGCAUUUAAUUGGUUUAUGAAAUUUAAGAUUAAAAACGAUUGUUUUGUUAGCUUAAUUUUCAAAGAACAAGUAUUGCCAUAGCCUUGGUGUCUCUGUUGGCAUUGAAAACAUUUAAAGUUGAAUAUUAGUAGACAACUGCUUCACUAUGGCAAUGCCCACAUGUGAAGCAAGUCCUGUGGUUCAAGCUAAACUAUUUGCCCUGUGGGGUCUAUCAAGAAAAGAAACUGAGGUGAGUGUUGACAUCUGCUUGUUGUGCUCUGGGGCGGUAUUCAUAAGACAUCAUUAGUCAUUUCCUUACUUAAAUUAUGUUCCUAACUUAUGUAUCACUCUUAUCAUAUGAUAUAUUAACUUAACUAUACCUGAAAUACUUAAUUUUCAGUAAUUUUAUGAUAAAAAUUCAACACUUUUAUGUUAAAAACACUAAUACUUUUUUGUAAUUUGACUAUAAAAAAUUUAGGAAAUUGACUUAAGUUAAGAAAUUACUUAAAAGUUUUUUUAAUACGGCCCCAGAUUUUUUCAAGAUGUUGUUAAUUUGAUGUUAGUGAUCAAAAUUGGAGUUGUGCAAUUGAAAAUAUUCCUUUCUCGUGUUUCAAAGCUUUUCUUCAAAUAAAAACUUGAGGGAAAGAGUUAUCUAGUGGUAUAUGUGUCCGCCUCUUACCCGAGAAGUUUGUGGGUUUCAUACCCACCUUCGGGAAAUGUUCAAGAACAUAGUCAUCUUGAAUUGAGAUUUUGAAGGACUAUUUGUUAUGGUAGGAAAAAUAAAUUUGUUAUGGUAGGAAAAAUAAAAAAGUAAAAAAUAUUGUAUAAAUGAUUGGUAAUUUCUAUAACUUUUUUUUCCUCGCAUUAUGCUUCGACGAUCUAUAUGUAUACAUGCAUUUCAAUGUAAACUUAGAAAAUGAAGUUUUAUCUUUAUAAUGAAACCAUUUUUUGCCCAUUUUACCAACCAUAUUAAACUAUUAAUCUACUUGUUUUUGAUAACCACAACAUUUUUCAAUCUAUUGUCAUAACAUUUUGCAAGUAUUUUCUUUCAGCACAUGCAAUACAAACGCAUUUAUAUGAUACUGCUAGCUUUUAACUUAGUUGUUAUUUCAUGUCUGUUCUAGUUAAAAUAUGGGUUUUUGUUCUGAUAGUGUAUCAGUGGACAAGGAGUGUAAGUUUAGCAUAAUAAAUCAUAUUUGUUUGGCCAGUGGAAGACAAGAUCAUAGAAAAACAUUUAUGAUUAUAAAUGCAUAGUUAUAUAGUAUAUUAUUUACCUAUUUACACUGUGUUUGUGCCUUCGUUAAGAUGCUUUUGAAGACUUUUUUUAUCGAGACAGUGGUCCAGCUUUCUAAAGGAAGUUUAUACAUAUAAUCAAUGUUUUCGUGUUUAUGUCUUUGUAAUCUUUUAAUAGGGUACUAUUUGUGGUCAAUUAAUUUAUUCAGUACUUUUUAAUGACAUAUAUAUAUACAUUGAGGUUUACAUCAGAUUUAUUGUAUACAUUUACUUAUAUAGACAUGUGUUGUUAUGCUUGUAAGUUAGUGUAGAUUCUAGUCAUAGAAUCAAAUAAAGUAGAAAAAAAUA